CUCUGCCGGCCGCGCGCGGCAGAUAUCUGCAGGGCAGCUGCAGGACAGCCGCAGCGAUAGUGAGGAAAAGCGUGCGUGCAGCCCUUUGGCAGCUAACCACCGCAAGCAGCAAUCCUUGUUGUCCCACUGCCAAAGACAAGGCUUGGGCCAUGGGGUUGUUCGUGGCGACCAAGUCGCCCAAGGGCCAGAAGAAGAAGCGUCAUAAGUACAGCCACGGCGGCGAGAGCAUGAAGGCCAUGCUCCGGGACGAGCUCCGCGAGGACGCCGGCGCCGCCGCCGCGACGGGCCCGACGGCGGCCGAGGAGGCCCAGUGCAAGGCCGAGGACGCCGCGCCCGCUGGUGCAGCCGACGCGACAGAGAUGUACAAACGCAUCGCUGACUGGUACAGCAGCCCGGAAGGCGACGCGCUGCGGGCAGCCUGGGGUCAGUAUCCGUCGUCGCCAGAGACGCUCGAGAGCUGGCCGGGCUUCGUCGCGGUGACCAACGCGUACCUCGACCACGCGGGCCCGCCGACCGCCCCCGCGGCGAACCAGUUCGAAGGAGCCGUCGCGGAGGAAGAGCCGGGCUCACCAGUGCUUGAAGAUGAUGCGGAGGCAUGGAAGGCGCAUUGCCGCAAUGUCGUCGCGAUGGUCGAGGGAACUGUUGUUGGCGAGACGGCACCGGGAGAUCCGGUGAUGGCGGGAGAGGUGGUGCGAGUGGAGGCGGAGGCCGGGUCGGAGCCCGUUGUCGCGAGCGAGGUGGUGCCCGAGGUCAUGGAGCGCAAGGCGCCCGCGAAAGGCCCGACGCGCGGCUCCGUCGAGGCGACCGGCCCAGUGCUGACAAACGAGACGCUGCGAGACUGGGUGAAGCGCUGGUGCAAAGGCAAGAAAAAAGGCCUGCCCCACAUCUCAAAGUGGAAUACGAGCCAAGUCACUGAUACGAGCGAGCUCUUCAAGGACCAAGUAAACUUUAACGAUGACAUCGGCGCGUGGGAUACCUCUAGCGUCACGACGAUGCGCGGGAUGUUCGCCUUCAGCGGGCAUGAUGCUGCUCCUAUGCAAUUUAACCAGAAUAUAGGCAGCUGGCGAGUCGACAAGGUCACGGAUAUGAGCAGCAUGUUCCGCGGCACCUCGGCGUUCAACCAACCGAUCGGCGGAUGGCAGGUCGAUAAAGUCACGAAUAUGCACAAAAUGUUUGACCGGGCCGAGUCGUUCGACCAGCCGAUCGGUGGCUGGCGGGUCGACCAGGUCAUGGAUAUGAGCAUAAUGUUCUGGGGAGCCAAGUCGUUCAACCAGCCGCUGAACGACUGGCGGGUCGAUAAGGUCACAAAUAUGAGCAGGAUGUUCGAACGGGCCGAGUCGUUCGACCAACCGCUCGGCGACUGGCGGGUCGACAACGUCACGAAUAUGCGCCGGAUGUUCUUCAAAGCCUCGUCGUUCAACCAGCCGCUGAACGACUGGCGGGUCGACAACGUCACGGAUAUGGGCGCGAUGUUCUGCGGCGCCUCGUCGUUCAACCAGCCGCUGAACGACUGGCGGGUCGACAACGUCAGGAAUAUGAGCUGCAUGUUCGAGGGCGCCUCGUCGUUCAACCAACCGCUGAACGACUGGCGGGUCGACAACGUCACGAAUAUGAGAAGCAUGUUCGAACACGCCUCGCGGUUCAACCAACCGCUGAACGACUGGCGGGUCGACAACGUCACGAAUAUGAGCAGCAUGUUCCUCAGCGCCUACUCGUUCAACCACCCGCUCGGCGACUGGAGACUUCGGUCAGACUGCAAGACUUGGAUGAUGUUAGACUGUAUAGACUUCCGGAAUAGCUCCCCAGUGAAGGAGUCGUGCUGCGCCAUCUCGUAACGUUUCUAGAUUUACUAUAGUAUCCCAGGUGUGCUCUGAAACCGCGACCUGGAAGUCCUGGUUAAUACACAAAUACCAAAC